AUGCCUGAAGCCACAGUCAAACCGACUUUGAGUAAGUUCUGGAAGAAUUGUCAACCACAAAAUUGCGUGCUGAUCAAGAGGCGCCACACAGGGGUCCUCUCCCAAAGCCAAGCGUUUCCGAGACUCUUCUUUGCCUUCACACCACUCUGCAGCCAGAACUGCGCUGAUGAUCAGUUCGGUGUCAAGAGUCUCAGCUCAGGCCAAGGAUUCUUGCCCCAGGACGACGUGUCCAAGUCAAGCUUGCCUCAGGCCAUUGUCAGUUCCGUUGGCAGCAUUCUAGAGGAAUACGAGGUGGACAGAACGGCAUGCUUUCUGAGUGGCGCGUUCGAGUUGACACGGAUUGAGAUGAUUGCGGACACGAUCGCCGACGUGAAGUCAGGCAACCACUGGGCCAAGAUCCUCUCUGCCGAGACGAGCUGGAUGGAAUACAUGGACCACGGCUGGCUGGAGCAAAUCCUUUACAACGAAGAGACUGAGAAUGCUUCCAAUGGCCUUUCGAAUGCCCCCUUGUCCAUGGACACCUCAUCGCCGACGGAUACCAAACUAGACACCAGCGCCGCCCAUGACGAUGCGGGCAUCCGUAGGAUGCUUACCUUCGACGGUAUGGCGCGGUCCAAGGCGGGUGCCGUGAUUCUUGCCGAUGUGGAUCAUGCAGGCUGGAUUAUCGACUCGCCUCCUUUCCCUGCUGGUACCCGGCCGGCUCGCACCGGCGACAUGUACUUCAUGAAGAGUACCGUUACUGGCGUAGCUCACCGUAGCUUCGUCGGAUCGUUCUCGGUCAAAGAUGCCUUGAAGAGACGCCGGAACGAGUCCCCGCCGCCCGUCUCAUCGGAAAACAAGCGCCAGCUUCGUUCCCGCAAGUGA